GACAAGGCUCCAAGUCAUAAAAUUGCAUUUCGUGUUAACUCCUCCCCUGUUUCGGCUGCUUGCUCACGCCGCCACCCACGGAUCUGAAACAAAAAUGUGCGAAGUGAGGCAGGGAGCACUCUCGCCAGCGCAGAUUUCAUCUCCCUUCCAGGCGCCGGGGUGCCCGUCCUGCACCAGCACCCUCUUACUCCUCCUGAAGCUUUGGCUAAUCACAAAUACAUUAAGCGUUUUUCUCCUGUACGUUCUCAUCAGCCCCGUACUACAAGAAAGGGGUGGGGGGGGAAAGUAAGUCCGGGGCUGUACAUGAGCGUGUCUUUGUGCCAGCGUUCGUUCGGCGGGCUGACAGAGGCGGCAUUGUUCCCAAGCUGUGGCCGGGUUGGCAGCCGGGGAAGGUGGGGAUCGGCGCCGUGCAUACGGAAUCGGCCAGCGGCCGAGGACGGGGCUCGAGAAACUCCUAGAGCUGCCUGAACGACCAGAGGGAGUUUUCAGAGCACCUCGCUACGGGCUUCUCCUGGUGUCUUCUGCACAAUGCAAACAGGGUCUGGCCCCAGCAGUCCUUGUUAAUCGAAGCACAGAAGCUUUUGCUUCCUCACUGGGAGAGCCUGUAUGAAGACCUGCGUGGACGGUGUUGUAAGGGCAUUUGGAGAAACUUCACAAGCGAUGAUCUGACUGAUCUGGUUUUGCCGUUCAGCAGCGGAAACAGAAGGUGCAUGCAGCACAGAUGCCAGCCUUCUCCAAGGAAUAACCUCUUCAUCCCCAAGUGACGCCAGCUCCUGCCAGUACCAUGGGGCCAGAGGGUGGUUUCGUAGGCAGCGGCCAGGUCCACGUCGUCCUGUGGGGAAGUUUGGCAGCCAUGACAACGCUCUUGUUCCUCACCUUCCUCAUCUUCCUCUGCUCCAGCUGCAACAGGGAAAAGAAGGCCAAACAUCAGAACGGAGAUCAUGAAAAUCUGAUGAAUGUGCCUUCCGACAAGGAGGUGUUCAGCCACUCCAUCACAAGUUCGGCUACAGAGCCCCCUCCGAGCAGCGACCAGAACGGGGCACUCAGCAAUGGCGAGGUACUCUCAGAGGACAGCACAACUGCCUGUAUCCAGCCUUAUGAAGAAGUACAGACAUCCGUCUCUGAUCUGCUAGAUCCACAGGAUAGUCUUGGAAAGUCUAUAAAAUGUCACCAGAGCCGGGAAUUACCCAGUAUUCCGCCUAACACCACCAUGGAAACCAUCAUCUCAGCUAGAAAUGCAGAAAAUGAUCAAGGUCUUGGAAUGGAAGGGCCUUACGAAGUCUUGAAAGACAGUUCCUCUCAGGAGAACAUAGUUGAAGACUGCUUGUAUGAAACUGUGAAGGAAAUUAAAGAUGUUGGAGCAGUAGCCAGCAUGGAAGGGAGCUGUAACAGCAAAUCAAAGGCUUCGCUGAUGGUUUCUGAAGGUCAGAAUCAGAUUCCUGAGUGCAGAAUUGAAUCAGCAGAAUACGCAUCUGUUGACCGAAAUAAAAAAAGUCGCCAAAGUGCUAAUUCAGAAAGCCCUCUUGACAACACACCAGAUGUAGAGGAUGAGCUUCCCCCUCCAGUACCCAUGAAACUUCUUGAUGAAAAUGAAAAUGUGCAAGAAAAAGAAGUGGAAGAAGAAGAAGUGACAGAAGGAGCAAGUAAACCAGAGAAGAGGCUUAGUUCGAUGUCUUACAAGUCUCGAGAGGAAGAUCCAUCUCUUACAGAAGAUGAGAUCUCAGCCAUGUACUCGUCGGUGAGUAAGCCGGGGCAGGCCAUGAAGGCACUGGAUUCUCCUUACACCUGUAUUCAAGAAAUUGUAUCCCAGAGGUCCCCGUCUAUUUGCAGCGGCCUCUAUGCAAGUGUGAAGGACUUUGAAAACACCCUAAAUACUACCACUGUGCCUCAGUCAGCAGACAGACCAAACGGGGAGCUGGAGCCUGACUACGAAGCUAUCCAGUCUGUGAGCCAAGAAGAAGACAGGACCUUGUCUGUGCCUAACACAAACCACGCUGCUCUUUCAGGAGAGAAUGACUAUGAGAGCAUAGGGGACUUGCAGCACCACAGGGAAUUCACCAGACUUUAACCACUCCGGCAGGCAGAUUUCUCCGCUGGUAUUUUCCAAGGAACAUGUGAAACAAUGGAGAGGGGAAGUGCUUCUCCUUUUGAGGAACAAAGCUAAGUAGAGAACAAAAGUUGCGAAGAAGCAGCGUACGUUUCAGCCAGGGUGUGAUACCCACUAGGUUAUUCUCGGUGGCGGAUGGAGGCUCACGGGGAAGGGUAGGUCAAGUCAGUCAGAAUGACGACCAGGACAACGUAAAGGCUUCUUAACUGUUAGCACCAAGACAACCAGAAUAUGGGAAGGAGUGCCAUGCUUGUCGUCCCAAUAGGAAUACAUACCAAAAAGACUGCCUUUACACAAAGCUAGCUUUUGAUAUUAAGAGAUUAUUUUAUGUCAUUUGCUUCAAAGUGUUCUUCAAGCAUCAUUUUUCAUUCAAGUUUGAGCACCCACAACGUUGAGCAAAUCACGGAUCAUCGUACCUCGACUCAGACUCACUUUGCAGGGCUGGAGAAGGCGUGCUCACCUCCGUCUUUUUGGGGAGCUCUGCCCACAUCCAUUGCAACUAAAGUGCAACAGCACUUCACAAGGGACCUACUCCAAAUGUACUUGAAUUAAUUCUGUCAGCUUUUUCUUUUUUUUUAACGUCAAGGGCUGUAGAAUGUGACUUGCAAUAUUUGAGAUGUGUACUGGUAUUUGUAGGUUUUUUGUUUGAUUAUUUGUGAAAUACUGCUUUAAAGUGUCAAAUGACACCCUCAGCGUUCUUGCUCUGUUCCCCUCAUGUGCAUACAUAGACCUACACAUACACACACCAGACAAUUGUCAUGUUGCAGAAAGUUAUGCAAAUGAAUGCACUGGCAUAAUGUUUAGUCUAACCUUAAUAGUGUUGAGUCAUUUUUUGAAGAAUUUUGCCCUUUUUUUAAACUUCGAAUAUUUUAAUAUGUUUGUCUAGUUUAUUAUAUAGGAAAAUUUAUGUACUGUGUUGAGUGGGUGAUAUUUUUUAUUUUUACAACAUAUUUUUCCUCUUCAAAGUUUUUGUAGAUUAAUUUACUGGUUUACGUAACAGGAGGAAUCCCAUUCUUUGUUUGGGCUUUAUUUGGUUCUCCUUUAAAUUUUUUUCCUAUUUCAUAAGUAUGUAAAUGAACAAUUGGUUUGUUGGUUUGGGGUUUUUUGGUCUUCUUGAGCAGGGCUGUGGAACAUGCCUUGCUGUUUUUAAGCUCAAAAUAAUGGAGACUGUGUAAAAAGAACACUGCCAACGGGCAAACAAGAGGCAGAAGAGACAGUGGGCUUCAGUCUGGGAUUGCUACUGGUCCUCCUUGUUCCUCUGCCAAAAGGAGCAGGAGGGCGACCAAGAACUUCUUAGGGCUCUGACAAGCAGUUUGAAAGCCACUGGCUUUUCAAAGAUACCAAGUUAUUCUGUUACUGUUAAAAACAAAGUACAGUGCUUGGAUGAAAUAAGUAGGUACUGGGUUGAUACUUUUGUUUUCUUCAAGAAUAGUCCAAUGACUAGUGCAAUAGUACAAGAACAGUCCAACGGUGGAGAACUGGCAUUGUGUGAUACACAUUCGUACGCAUGUGCAUACAUCCCCAUGUAUAUAUAAGCAUACACAUGUAAUUUGGACACAAGUAUAAAUUAUAGUCCAAACUUGGAAACAAUCAAAAACAUUCACAUACAUGGUAUCUGGCACGUGCUCGAAGAGUAGUUUAUUUUUAAUUCAAAAUAAACAGUACAUAAACUGAGGUUGGCUUAUUCUACAGUAGCCAAAACAGAUUUAGUUUCAGCUCAGUUGGUACUGGGUUCUGAUACGCCAGACUGAGGAGUUCUUACAUCACUGGCCAGCGCUUAACAUUACUUGGUACUAUAAAGAGCAAACACAGAUGUGGUUACACAGAUCUAUUAGAAAUAACUUUGUAACUGAAAAAAGCGUACUGAUUUAUGGGCUUCGCCUGCAAGUAGUACAGCUCUGAGGAGCAGUGCAAGUGUGCAGUCAAACUCCGCCCGCAGGGGGAUUCAAACUUCAUGGAUCCUGACCUCAUGCGAAAGUGCCCCACACUUGAUCUGUGACUCCCUUCCUUUGAGGAGCAGCAGUUCAGACCAGUCUACAUCCGUCUUGUUCUUGACCUUGCUGCCAUGCUUCCACAGCCGCAGCAAACCCUUUGCUUCCACUUCAUUGCAGCGCUUUUUAAAGCUGACUUCGGUCUUCCUUUCUGGAGUUUUUCCCUCAAAAAACAUUUCCAUUUCUGUUCCCUUGAAUGUGAAUUCAUGAAUUUCGCCUUUGACUGUUCUCUCCUUCUACUUCACACUCUUUAAGGCCAAAGAUACGAUGCACCAUGUUUCAGAAGAUCUGUUGUGCUAAGUCUGGAGAAUUUCUGAAGUCUUUAACUAUGUGUUUGCUGUUUCUUGCUUAGGGGUCGGGUUUAUAAAUGUGGUCCUCAGUCUGACUCCUGCAACUUAGUGGCAGGCAUACCUCAACUCCUGAAAUCCCCAAACACCUCUCAAGAUGCAGUUAUCCCUUAAGGAUUGUCUUACUCGUUACAUGGAUGACUGCUUCUGGAGAAACAGUAGCAACAUGAGGUUUUUCAGGUUGACCAGAUUCAAUUUCAAGACCAGUUUAAAGAUAAGAGAUAAUGCCAGUUAACAAUAGCAAAGAAUAAAACUGAACUUGUGACUGUAAAAUUUUACAGUGCAAAAGAAGAAAAUCAGACAUCACUCUAGAAGUGCCCCCGUCGAGAUCAGCAAGUCAAGGGAAGGAGGGGAGCUGCCCGGUCGCUCUUUGCGGUCUUUCAGAGCAGGAUCAAGAAUGUUGGUUUGGAGGAAGGGACAGGAGACUCAGCUCCUUCCUUCCUUUCUUUCCCCCAUUCUGACAGCUGCUCCUUGAGACCCCCAGACUUCCCUUUUCCCCAGUGAAAUCCCUCCCUCUCUCUUUUUUCCUUUUGUUUCUAUUUUUAACCUGCUUCAUACAGCCUCGAAUCAGGAGCUGAUACUACAUCGCAGUUCUGUAGUGCUGGCCAGUUUAAAUGACUCUCAGGCUGGUCACAACCUUUUCAUUGUCCACCAGACCCUCAGCCUGGUGGGGAAGGAGUUCAGCAUUUGGAUUGCUGCUUGCGGGACGUGUACUGGCCCUCAGCUGUUGAGACCCUGCAUAUUGGACUCUUGAGGGCUGCGAAAAGAAAUUACCCUCCUGAACAAGGAUGCCAGGGCAGUCCAUAACUCCCCUCCGAUCUCUGUUAUAUAGUUUCAUGCUAAAAAAAAUUGUUUCAGAAUGCAGUCCAAGGUUCUUAAGUGAAUAAUUACAUCUCUUGACAGAGAAUCAAGCUUCUGUUUAGUUCCCUCUUCCCAGAACUAAGAUCUGCUCCUUUACGUCUGUUGCCAAUUCUUCCUUUUCACUAAUAUAUCGGAUAGAAAGAUUUUUCCAACAGUAAUCCCCAAAUAGAUUAAUCUGACUGUAAAGAAAAGGGAGUCUCUUCUGCUUGUCUCUUCAUUGUUAUUUUUUCCUCUUUCACCAUAUCCCCAAAUAAAAUCUCGGCAUCCAAAAUGAAGUAUUUGUUACCUGAUGAUCUUUCCUGGGGAAGCUUCACAGUCUAUUUUUUUGCCUCCAUUUUUUAGCACAACUAUAUAACAAGAUCUCCCAGGAAAUUGGCACAGUAAGGCCAAGACAAGCUGUAAUGUGUGUGUAAUUGCACUAGUGAAAAGGUCUUCUGAUUUCCUUCUGGGAACCGGUAGAAAUAGGAAAUGCAGUUUGCAUGUCUCUGCCAUGUACCUGUGUCUCCUGUGGGAGUUGUUCUCACCACAAACCUAAACCAGUGCUAACCCCAUACAUAAACCAGUCACCCCUUUCUACCGUGAUGAGUGCAGAAUUGCCUUCUCACUCACAGAGAGAAACUGAUUCUUUACAGGUAUCUGUAGCACAGGCGUCUACCUAAUUACCACGAUUAGAUCAGUUAUAGUGCCUUUUUUACUAAGUAGCUAGUACUUCCAUACUCCUCUCCAUACUGCGUUUAACUCAAAAGUACAAAGGGACAACCCCAACAUUUACUUGUCUAAGUUGGAAACAGCUUUAUAGAGACACGUUAAAUGUACUGGACCUCAAUUAGCCCUACAAUAGCAAUAGUCUCUCACAAACAUCCUCUACAAAGCCCAGUAAUGUAGCUAUGAUGACUAAGCUUUGCAAUAAGAAUUAUCAGGCUUCUUUUGAAGAACCUAAGUUUUUCAACAGUGAGCAUUCAGGGAGGUGGUGGUCUUUGUCCAUGUUAACUGUGAACAAUUAGUUGCUUCACUCUUUCUAUUAUUAUCAAUUGCAGGCUUGCUUACACGUAGCAGGAUUCAUGAGGUGAGGGAUGAGUAGGUGUGGGGAUUCAUAUUCGUGAGUCACCCAGAGCUGGACCAUCCCCACAGCACCAACUGGCUGAGGACCAGCUGCCUCGUUCUCUAAGCCCUCGUCUCUCUCGUGCCUUCAGGGAAUCCAUCCUGCAGGGAUUCUUCUGGGCUGUGUGCUUCUCCUUGGCUCCCUGAACAGCUCCUGUCCGCUGUCUUGAUCACAAUUCUGUAUAUGUGGUGCUUUCAACCUGUCAAUGGUGCUUUUAUAAGAUGCUGGAUAAAUGGUUUCAAUGUGCUUUCUGAAAGCUGAUGUGUAAAGCUGUGACGCAGAGUGCUCUCUCUAGUAUUGUCUGCUUCCCAGAACUUAGCGUUAACUGUGUUACUCUGACUACAAAAGGCUGACAGUGCUGCCCUGUCUCUUGUUCAUCCCACACCAGACUGGAGUCGUCACGCCUAACAAGCCUAGGUUGGGCCACAGGUUUAAAGGCAGCCAUUCAGACCUUGCCUUGAAAGCAGUUAAGAGACAUGACUCUCGUGUGCACCGUGGGAUUGGAAACACCAUAGAGCCCAGCUCGAGGACGUUUUUCUCUGUCCUAUUGUGCAUAUACAUUUGUUUGCAAUAUGACUGUAAGAAAUCUGUUUCUUCCACAAACAUUUUAAUUUGGGCCACACUCCAAUGAGGGACUUCUGCUGUUAGGCAAAUUACCAGUUAUUUCAGACGAGCGGUAACUAUUUAGGUUGGAACAUGCCUGAGUAAGGCUGUUAUGUGCCUCACAAGUAACUCGGUGUGUGUAGUGUACUGCAAAACAGGAGAACGCAGAAAGAUGCUCAGACUGACAGAUGCUCCUGUGGUGGUGUGCUGAAGACUUUCGAGGGCAGGUCUCUUCCUGCAGGGAUGCAAAAUUGCUGUUAAUACCAUUUCAUACCCUGGUGCUGAAGUUGAUUUCUAGCAUCUCUUUUUAGGAUGGUCGUGGCUAAAGACAUUGAUAGUGCAUAUCUUAGCCUAAAAGAAAACCAACCAAACCUCAAAAAAAGUAUUUUUAUAUCCCUUGCUGGCUAGCAACUUAUGUUGAGGAUUAUGCUAAAGAUAAAUGCUACGGAUGGAACAUCACAGAGAUAAAACACGGGGUUCCCUUUCUUCAAAGAGAGAGAACCCCCUUUGGCUGGGUCAGUAUGAAAGAUCCCAGGCUUACAAAAAGUAUUAAACAACAAAAGUAUUAAAUUAAUGUCUAUGUGGUAAUUUCCCAGGAGUGCAUUAGGGUACCACAUACACUAGACACUGUUCUUUCCCUGUGGGCAGCAGAAAGAUGAAAGCUUAUUUGUAAUACAAGGUUCCCAUUGAUUAAUUGACAACACUUACUUGUAAGUUACUUACAAGUGACUUACAUGUAAGUAACUGAAGUGUAAUCCAAAGGUCAGCGAGUGUCUACACAAUGUAGAUAUAUUUAAGCUAACUCUAAAUGAUCCAGCUCAGGUGUUGUAAACAGAAUCACUAGAACAAUUUAAUGCUCUACUUGGUCUGACCUGCUCACAGAGCUAACUCCAGCACCCCAAUUUCCACAGCAAAUGCAUGGAUUAUCUUUGCAUUAUAUACCCAUUGGCCUGCGCCCAGUCUAUAGACAACAUAAAAUUUACAGUUUUGUUUCUGGAGGUCUUCGAUUUCAAAGUGGCCAGAAGGACAGUCACUGCAAACAUGAUAGCAAAGUGCCUAAACAUAAAGAUGUUUCUAAAAAGGUAAAAGAUGCUCACUGUUACUGCGCAGCAACUUGUCUACUGUAUGUGGUACUCUCUUGCCAUACACAUUCAUCUGCGAUGUUCAUUUAUUGUUACAAUAGCACAGUCUGACAAGGUUUCUGUCUCUGCAAAUUCAUUGUCUAAUUUUAACUAGCAUAUGUUUGUUAUGGAAAAUAUAAAAUGAGAUUCUUUGUUCAGUUUAGAGGGCAGCUGUGUUAUUUCUUACAGUUUAUAAUGAUGCAACAAUCUGCUUAGAUGAUUUACAAAGUAUGUAAGUAUCACUUGACUUCAAAAUGCUUCACUUGAGACUUCAAAAUGCCUCCCGUUGACUACAAGACAGUUACCAACUCUUGUCAUCUUCAUCUUGUAAUAUUGGGGAAGAAGUUUUAAGCUUUACAAAUCUUACUACUUAAAAAAAAGACAGUGCUGAUGUUUUGACUUCCUAAUGUCUACAAAGAGACCAAUUUUAACUUUCAGCAUAGGUUGGAUUUGGACUACCCUCUUAUUUAUGGAAGUGCUCCUCCCCGCCACGUUCAGCCGUCACCAUCUGAGUAUCUCUUUUGUCCUUGAUGAAAUAUGACAACUGUCCAGAGGGCACAGAAACUGCAUCACAUAACACUUCCGAAUGAGACCUUUUUAGUGUGCCUGUGAGAUUUAGGAGCCUGGACUCAAGUCAGAUGUCUUCGGGAAAUCACAUCCUAUCUUGCAGACUUCUGUGGAUGUCUUCACUUUCUUUCUAGGCAAGAAGUUCUGUAGCUUGCAAGCACUCAACUGACAGGGAAAGAGGUAUGUAAGAGGUGAACUGGUACAAUGUUUAAAUGUAUUAGUAAAAAAAACACCCAAGAGCACAUGAACCUUCUUUCUCACGUCUGAAGAUACUGGAAUUUGGUCUUUAUCUUUGAGGCUAUUCGAGAACAGUUUCCUCAGAACGUCCUACCAGCAGACAAGUGUUUGAAUGAGUAUCUGGAUCAUUCUGGUGGCUCCUGAGGUUCCACACAUACCACCUUCAUGAUUUCCAGCUGGGCCUGUCUCAUCUCUGUGGCGAUGACUAUGUACGAAUGGCCCUUUGCUUCACAGUCCUGACACCUUUAACUUCAGGAAGGGGGAUGAGAGCUGCCUCUCCUCAGUCUGACUAGUUUUUCUAGAUGAAAGUGUGCUAAGAGCCCACCUGCAAACCCAGAAAAGAGCAUUUACUGUUUGGGGCAAGGCAGGUAUAGCCCCCUGCAGCAGCUAGGAAGAGAAUGGUAAAAGGAACAAUAGUUAAAUUUCAUGUGCACUUCACCCAUGUCACAGACUACCUGUUUAGAAAGAUUUUUACAGUAGAAAAGGUUACAGUUAAGGGAUGAGUUGCCAAGAAUCUCACAGGAGACGGGUGGAUUUGUUUAUUCUUCUCAGUAUUCCCUAUACCCAAAGAGGCAGGGGCAAGUCCUCUCUGCCCCACCAUGAUGCAGUUUGCUGAUCUUUUAUCAAGCCUCCACAUCAACAGAAAUGAAAUGAGUAAAUAAAUUCUAAAUACAUGAUUUUGUUCCGUCAUAAACCCAAAAUGGACAAAAGUAGAUGCACUAAUGUAAGUACCAUGUGCACAUCCGGACUUGCCCGGGUGGUUUUUAGCAAAAAAAAAAAAAAAACCAACACAAACACCUGUAUUACUUUAUUUAAAUAGAAUUAUUUGCAUGAGACAAGGGUGCAGGAUUGGACCCUAUGAGUUUAGAAGAAGUUUGGUUUGGUGCUAGGUAUUUUUGUUUGUAUUUUCAGUGAAAUAUAUUUUCUUUCUUUUAUGUUAGUGAAUUGAUAUGACUUCCAUAGGAACAACAAAAAAUAGUCUGGUAUAUGGAUAAUUAUCUCUAAUAGCUAUUAUUAAAGUCAUGCCUCAGUAAAUUGGGUGCUAUAGGAGCUUCUGCAUAAAAUUGCUUUGUAUAUGGAACACUGCAUUCUUAGAACAUAGUGGAUAAAUACUUGUAAUUACAGACACUUUCAUUUAUUUUAUCCAUUGUUUUAUAAUGGAAAAAAUAUUUAUUACUGGAAUGGUUUUCCAGCAAUGUCUUCUUGCAGAAUAUUCUAGCAACAAACUAUGUUUUCUGGACAACCAUUUGAUCCUCUCGUCACUGACGCAGAACUGCAAAACAUCCUUAAAGCAGUAUGAGCUUCGGAAAAGAGAGGAUUAGAACUGGGUUUGGCCACCUUAGCCUGGAUACAGUUAAAUAUACAGCGUAGUUCCGAUCUGUAGGCAGUGAGAGCAGUUCGAAGAAAUGAGUAUACUACAUAAACCUGGAGUCGGUGCAUGCAGACUUCCGAGAUGGCACUAGCUGAGGCUUGUUUGCUACGUGAUGGGUUAUUUGGCUUGCUACCUGUUUGAAAUCAAUAUAGUUUUAUUAACACCACUGCAGACACUGAAAUACUGUAGUUUUGCAGAAUGUAUGUUCCAUAAAUUGUAGCUUGACUGUAAUUGCAGUCUGCUCUGUUAGAGCAGUUCAGAUCCAACACUAAGUUGCAUUUUGUAAAUUGAUAAAUGCCGCAAAAUUCCUCUCAACAUUUUGUAGUAGUAUACAUGAGUUGACGUAAUUUAGUCAAACCAUUGUUCCAAGAAUCUUCAUCUGAUGUUUCUAGCCAAUUCAGCUUUUGGCUGCUGAAAGCACAGUAGGUAAUUAUGGUUAUUUACUGUAAAUGUAGACAAGUUUUAUGUAAAUAUUUCAGGGGAAAAAAUGCUACAUAAACAUAUGAGGCAGUUAUCUAAAAGUAAGAACAUAGGUCAAUAAUAUAAAAUACAGGUUUUAUUUAUGUACAGUAGUAUCCUAAUAUUUACUUGUUUAUAUGCAGAAAAAAAUCUUAAGAUUCUGUACUAUAUUCUCUGAAAGCUUUUAAAAGAGGCUCUGCCAUUUUCUCUGGUUAAUAUAUUUGCAAAUAACUUUUGAAUUUAUUGGAAAUCCAUGUAAAUCAUGUCAAAUGGGAAACAUAUUAUGUUGCAAUGAAAUGAGUUUAAUUCAAAACUCCUGGCAAAAUUCAUUGGAUUGAAAUCUAUAUAUAAAUUCAAUAGCCAGACAGAAUAAAACACAAUAAAUAAGG